AUGGCACCGGGAGUGGCAGAACUUGAGAAAAUGAGGCUGUCGCCCCGCUUCGUUGCAAAGCUCAUGGAAGGCGCCGGAGAAGGCCUUCUCGUGCGCGCCGUCGAGGAGACUCGUCGCCGGGCGUUUUUUAUCUGGCAACAACAUCCAUGGAUGUCCGAGCAAGAGAACUGGCUGGCUGCAGAACAGAGCCUUCUGCGUCCAGCACAAAGCAAUUCCUUGAAGUUUGAGGCCGCGACACAGACCCAGUGGGAAGAGGAAGGCCAGCACAAUUUGAAGGAAGCUUCGCAUGGAGCCCCAAUCGCAGCUGGGUUCACGGAAUCGGCAUCGCUGGCUGCAUGCGUUUCGGCCACUGCAGGCUCAGACUUGGGGACAGUUGGCCAAACCUCCAGAAGUGACCGAGUCGAGAAUGUCGAGAUGAUUGGGCAGGUAUCCGACAGCUUGAAAUAUCUAACAGCUUCGGUGACGCAGGGACGCCCCGAGACAGGUUUCGAUCUGGGGAUCACAGGUUUCACGUGCGACGUACAACCAUUUGGAAAGGGCUUCCCGACGCAUACCGAACGGCCGGAAACAUUGUCUUCGUCAAACGCCUCGCGUGAAAUGGCUUACAGGGGAGAUUGCAUCGUGCCUGCACCGUGCAGGGAAGAGAAGACUGCAGUUCACGGCCGAGUUCAAGUCGUUGCUGAUUUUACGGACUGUGUCGAAGUUCCUGCAUCCGAAGAGUUAUCCCCGGCAGUAGCGAGGAUGUGCAGCAUGCAACGGCUCAACCGAGAAGACUUCAUAGCAUCUCCAUAUUGGAAGGCCUUGCAGGGUGACUCGGUGUCGUGGGGACUUCGACAGGAGAACUCCGUACCAAACCUUGCAGAUCGCGACAAGGGCUCUCAAACCGAGCGGGGAAAGAGCACUUGUCAUGCUCGCAAUGCUUCCGCACCGAGAUUGGCGGAGGGCGCCGGAGCCGCCAAGAACUCGUCAGAUGGAGGACCAGGAUCUGCACGCGUGGACGCAGGACGCAUGCGUUGGCCUGGCUCCAAUGCAGAAGUUCCACCUCUCCCGGCGCCUCCUGAGAAUCACCCAUUGCUAACUCCCCGAACUGGCGCAUGUUCGGUCCGACCCUUUAACGUGCCGAAACUGGCCUUGGCAUCCCAGAAAUCACGACCACGCGGACUCCAAGCCCGCAAGGCGGGACAGGAGUUCCUGAUCAGUACGCCGCACCUGCCGGGAGAAGUCCAAGGACUUCCUCAACUUCCUCAAGCUGUUCCCGGUUCCGGCUCCAGAAGUGUGAGCCCCAGCCCCAGCAGUUUCUCCGACGGUAGUCUCGAUUCCUUGGACAUCUACUCCGACUGGGGGCGCGUGGCUUCGUUGCAGACAACGGCUUCAGGAGUCCAGGAGGCUGAUUUGACUCGGCGAAGCGGGCGAUUUAGUUCCGCACGCAGCGGCAGUGCUCGCAGUGACUUCAGCGUUUGUGGAUUGUAUGGCUGCGGCGACAAGGCUGAGUCGCAGGUGCUCCGGAAGGUGAUCCGAGAUCUAGAAGAGCGAUUGCAGGCUCGCUACGCUUACCGGCUUCUCCGUCUUAGAUCCUCCAAAGCCAUGGCUGCGUCUGCUUCUGCCGUGCCGCGGUUCGCCGAUGUCUUUGGAUUGACCCAGAGCUUCAUCCCCCGGAAAUUCCACUCACUCCCCACCGAUGCCCACUCCACGAUGUCCUACAGACCUGCAGAGUACCAGGUAGAAGACCUCACCGGACUGGACCUUUCCUCCAAGCUUUUCUCACACGGAGUUCCGUUGGCCAUUGAGCAUCAAACGAAGCGGCCACUGGCCAUGGCGCGGCUGGGGCGGCUGGCGCUGUGUUUCCUCGUUGGCCCUUUGCACCACAAGUGCGGGGCAUGGUCUGCAGAAGCGGGAGUGAAGCAAAUGAAGAGGGACCUGCUCUCGUCUCGCCCACGAAGUGGCAUCGGCAGCAGAACUGGACCAGAUCCAGAAGGCCCAUUCUCGUGUCCCGUCACACUGCACAUGGAUGCAAAUGGCAUUCCCGGUGCAGAGGAUCUGAAGACAUCAGAGGUCGAUCGUGCUGGCGGCUCAGCUCUGGAGGAUGUCCUGCAGUCAUUCCCUGGGGAUGAAUAUCCUGGAAGCGUCGUGCGCGAGCAGCAACAGCAGCUUAAGGAGAUUGCUGCACAAACUCAAGGUGUCCUUGGCUUCAGCGCGAAGGCCGCAAAGGAAGCUAGUGAAAAGGCUCUGCAAAACGCUGUCGCCAUCGAGAAGGCAGCAAUGCAGGCACAGCACAAAGCCGAGAUCCAGCACGCAGAGGCAAAGAAGGCUUCCGAGAUGUCUGCAAAGCUUGCGUCGGAGGCCAAGGUCGAGUUGCAGCGCGUUGAAGCGGCCACGGCAUCUGCGGUGCAAGACAAGACGGAGCCGGCGCAGAGGCAUGACAGCCGAGUCACCAGUGCUCCGUCAAGACUUCAGAAAGUUGUCAUGGUGAGGAAGUCGAACAGCACCGGCCUGGUGGAGGACGAUGACAGUGCGGACUACGACGACAGUGAGCUUGACUAG